CCGGAAAGCGGAAGCGGAAGUGACGCUAGGGACAGGUGGGGGCAAUCAUGGUGCCGCUGGGGAGGGGAGAAGCUGCCGCUGCCGCUGUUGCCGGGAGCCGCGGAGAAAGGCCAUUGCCUUUUCAUUUCUCACAAUUGGGCUGAGCACAAGUGAACCAUGGGGGAACACAGUCCAGACGACAACAUCAUCUUCUUUAAGGGAGAGGAAGAUGACCUAACCCCGCAUGACAAGAUGCUCAGGUUUGUGGAUGACAACGGACUGGUGCCUUCCUCAUCUGGAACUGUUUAUGAUAGGACCACUGUUCUCAUAGAACAGGACCCUGGCACUUUGGAGGAUGAUGAAGACGAUGGACAGUGUGGAGAACACUUGCCUUUUCUGGUGGAAGGUGAAGAGGGCUUCCUAAUAGAUCAGGAAGCAAUGUCCCAGGGUUACGUACAACACAUUAUCUCACCAGAUCAGAUUCAUUUGACUAUAAACCCUGGUUCCACGCCCAUGCCAAGAAACAUUGAAGGCGCGACUCUUACUCUGCAGUCGGAAUGUCCUGAAACGAAACGGAAAGAAGUAAAGCGGUACCAGUGCACCUUUGAGGGAUGCCCGCGCACCUACAGCACAGCAGGCAACCUACGCACCCACCAGAAGACUCACCGAGGAGAGUACACCUUCGUCUGUAAUCAGGAGGGCUGUGGCAAGGCCUUCCUCACCUCCUACAGCCUCAGGAUCCAUGUGCGAGUGCACACAAAGGAGAAGCCAUUUGAGUGUGACGUGCAGGGCUGUGAGAAGGCAUUCAACACACUGUACAGGUUGAAAGCACAUCAGAGGCUUCACACAGGGAAAACGUUUAACUGUGAAUCUCAAGGCUGCAGCAAGUACUUCACCACACUCAGUGAUCUGCGGAAGCACAUUCGAACCCAUACAGGAGAAAAGCCAUUUCGAUGUGAUCAUGACGGCUGUGGAAAAGCAUUUGCAGCAAGCCACCACCUUAAAACUCACGUCCGUACACACACUGGCGAAAGACCCUUCUUCUGCCCCAGUAACGGCUGUGAGAAGACAUUUAGCACUCAGUACAGUCUCAAAAGUCACAUGAAAGGUCACGAUAACAAAGGCACCGCCUACAGUGCACUUCCUCAACACAAUGGAUCAGAGGAUACAAAUCACUCACUUUAUCUGAGUGAGUUGGGCCUUCUGUCCACGGAUUCUGAAUUGCAAGAAAAUUCCAGUUCGACACAGGACCAGGACCUCAGCACAAUUUCACCAGCAAUCAUCUUUGAAUCAAUGUUCCAGAGUCCUGACGACCCUGCGAUUCAGGAUGACCCUCUGCAGACAGCUGCCUUGAUUGACAGCUUCAACGGAGAUGCAGAGUCUGUCAGUGAUGUCCCACCGCCUGCAGGAAAUUCAGCGACUUUAUCUCUUCCACUUGUACUUCAGCCUGGCAUCUCCGAGCCACCCCAGCCUCUGCUGCCAGCCUCAACUCCGUCCGCUCCUCCACCUGCUCCCUCCCUAGGACCUGGUUCCCAGCCAGCUGCAUUUGGCAGCCCCCCUGCUCUCUUACAACCUCCAGAAGUGCCUGUUCCCCACAGCACACAGUUUGCUGCUAAUCAUCAAGAGUUUCUUCCGCACCCCCAGGCGCCACCCCAGACCAUCGUACCAGGACUUUCUGUUGUUGCUGGGGCUCCUGCAUCAGCAGCAACAGUGGCAUCAGCCGUGGCAGCACCAGCCCCACCACAAAGUACUACUGAGCCCCUGCCUGCUAUGGUCCAGACUCUGCCCCUGGGUGCCAACUCUGUCCUAACUAAUAAUCCCACCAUAACCAUCACCCCAACUCCUAACACGGCAAUCCUGCAGUCCAGCCUAGUCAUGGGAGAGCAGAACUUACAGUGGAUAUUGAACGGUGCCACCAGUUCACCACAAAACCAAGAACAAAUUCAGCAAGCAUCGAAAGUGGAGCAGGUGUACUUUACCACCGCAGUACCAGUAGCCAGUAGCACAGGGAGCUCUGUUCAGCAGAUUGGCCUCAGUGUUCCUGUGAUCAUCAUCAAACAAGAGGAGGCCUGUCAGUGUCAGUGUGCGUGCCGGGACUCUGCGAAGGAGCGGGCGGCCGGCCGGAGAAAGGGAUGCUCUUCCCCGCCCCCUCCAGAGCCGAACCCCCAGCCUCCUGAUGGGCCCAGCCUGCAACUGCCACUAGACUUCUCCCUCAUCCCUGCCCCCUCCUCCACCGGACCCUCUUCCUGUGAGCAAAGCAGACAGGCUGAGGCCCCUCAACCCUCCCAAGUGUUAAGUGCCAUGGAUGUGUCAGAGUUCCUGUCCCUCCAGAGCCUGGACACCCCGUCCAAUCCGGUUCACAGUGAAGCACUACUGCAGGGGUAGAGGAAAGAGCCUGGCCAGCAGCUUCUCCAGGGGAAGGGCCUGUGCGCACCCCUCCAGGAACAGGGUGAGCAGGGAGUGCCGGCCGGGUGUGAUGCUGCCUGCCGUCAUGGGGUCAGAAAUUGGAAGGAUGAAGAAAUCUGCCAUCUGAAAGCCUCACCUUUCAGACGUAUUUUCUUUACUCAUACCCCAGGAACAUCCAUUUUAAGGAACUGAUCUUUGGAGGAAAAAACAAAAAAAACAAAAAAAAAAGCUAAGUUAUAAGUGAACUGUCUGGCUGCACUGUAUGUCACUUUUGCUUAUUGUUAUGUGAACUUGGAAAUUAAGGUUACUUGUAUGCAUAAAAGUUCUAAAUGAAAGGGUGUGGUUUCCAUCAA